AUACCUGCAUUACCCUGAGCAGAUAUGGCUUACCUGCAGUGUUUGGAGCCACAGCCCACCAGUCUGUGUAGCUGUUCACCGACGUACUUGCAGAGUAGGAGGAAAUCAAUUUCUUGUGGACAACAGGUACCCACAGAGUGCUCACUGGGAGAUUCUGCCUGUGAAGGAGGCAAGCAACAAGUCAUGGAGGAAGUUGCCAGACAAAGUGGGGGGUCCUCUCAAGUGAUCAAAGCCCCCCCUGCUGCUCCUGCAAAGAUAAUCUCCAUGCACACCUCCCAUGUCCCAUGUUGUCACACAGCCAGUAAAGCUCUCUAUGGCUCUGUGCUGCCAGGAUGUCCAUUAACACACCUUCCUGUUUGUGCAUGGAACCCAGACUCCAUUUGUACGUCCUUGAUAUCCUCAGCAAGAUGGAACUUCAUUCACUCAUCCCCAGAGGCUUCCAGUUUUAUAAGGGGGGCUCGUGUGCUGGCAAGGAGGAAAGCUGAUGGCUAUUACUACCUGGGCCACAUCACACGACAAGUGAAGGGCUCCAGGGAAUGUUUUUUAAUUGAAUUUGACAAAAGUUGCACACUGAAAGGCAAGGUGCAGCUUUGUAUGCAGGAAACACCUCUCUACGACAUUCUGCACUAUGAAGGUGCCUCGCAGCGGUGCCUUGCUCCAGGAGACAGAGUCUUGGCCCCAUGGGAGGCUAACACUGAACGCUUUGGCCCGGGCACUGUGCUCAAGGUUAUGGAGAACAAGGAGACACCUUUAGCACACAAUAGAAAAGCAGUGCUUGUGAAUUUCUGGAAUGGGCAAACUAAGGAGGUAUCUUCUGACCAAGCUCUGUGGAUCCCUCUGCCCUUAAGCGAGCGCAUCAUCCUAGAACUGCAGAUGCCAUUGGCAGCCAGGCAGAUGGUGGUGGAGUCAAGCUUGGACUACCCAUACAUUGUGGCACCAGGUUACAGAGCUUCAGGCUGUUACAGACGGGGCCACUCAGGGCUGGACUGCUGGCCAUGGGGGCUGUGUUCAGUUCAGCCAUGCACUAAGUGCAGCUGUAGGUGUACCUUAGUUCCCCACUGCUGCCUUGCAGCCUGCAAAAGCCCACAGCCUACAGAGCACAAAGUGCGGCAAGAAAAUUUCGUCAUCCCAGGAGCAUCCUUGAGUAAAGAAGAGCUCAGCAAGAAAAUAGAAGAGCAACUGUCUGAAGUGAGGAUUUCCCCUUCAGGACGUGUUUCCAAAGAGGAAGAGGAAAAUGAAGAGAAGAGCUUGAUGACAGAAAAUCUUCCAAAAAAUGCUCAGUCUUGCUUGGAAGAGAACAGUGAGGUUUUAGGCCCUAAGAAGAGUCCUCAGAGGGAGAUGGCUCAUGCUACAAUGGUUGAUACUGCUGUCAACACAGACAGUUGCUUGAUGGAGUCAGUCCACAAGGAAGAAGCAGGCAGCGGACAGCAGGAUGCUGGAACUGAGGCUCAUUUUAAACAUAAACAUGGUCUUUUUGAGUUCAGAGUGGCAGAUGCUCCAGUUCAACCUUCCCAAAGGAUCACUUCUCCCAAAGGAGCCAGUGCCUUGUGUCCUUUCCAGCGACAAAGCUUCUUUGACCAAGUGCAUCAGUCACUAAAGAAAGACAGCCUGGCCAUUGAAUCAGCCCUGCAUGUACAGAGACCACGCAGUACCUCCAGUGCACAAGCUGGGAGAUUCACAAAUCUAAGUCUUCUAAAAGACAGAAGCAUUUCAAAAUCUGUAUGUAACAGUGCAUCUCAGGAGAGAUGGGAAGAGAUGGACCUCAACAAGGCCAAGAUUGAGCACAAAAGGCACCAAGAGGAAGAGAGGCAGUUGAAGAGGCAGCAGCAGCAAGAGGCAGAUGCUGUCCGACGUCAGCUGCGCAGGAACAACCAGAGGCAGCGAUUGUAUCAGAGAACUUUGCAAGGGUUGGAGAAACAGCUGGAGCACAAAAACAGAGCUUUGCAGCACAUGGCGCUGCUGCAAGCUGCUCAGUCAGAGAGGAGCAAGAAGGAAUCCUUCUUGGCAGAGGAGGAUAACAGAAAGUUAAGUCAGAGGCUGCAGUUCCUACAUGCACAGCGACUGCAGAGAGAGAAUUUUCUUGCAGAACUCAAUGAGCGGAGCUUUAAACAAGAAAAAGAAAGGCUGGAUUUUUUGAGGAACAGAAUGCAGUCACGGCAGGCAGUGCUGACACAAGACUUAGAGGAGCAGGACAGGCAACAAAAGCAUCACCAGGCUGCCAAAAGGAAAGUGUCCCAGAACAGAGAUCGUUUACAUGAGAAGAUGCAAAAAGAAGACCAAAGACACUGUGACCUCCAGCAAUACCUCAGAGAACAGAAUCUUUUGAUGUUCCGAGCAUCACUACUAGAGUAAGGAAACUGCAGUGGAAUGAAGGCUAAGGCAUCCAGGUGGUUACAAACUAUUCUGAGGUCUUCAUAGCUAAAAGGAGUGUUUGUUACUUCAGGAUCCAUAAUAAGCAUGAGGUUUAUGUGUUUAAAAAAUGCAGCAGGAAACAAACCUAAAUAUAAGGUAAAGGUUUUGACUUUCUGUUAUUUUUUUUUUUUUUAAUUAAGUUGUUAAACCAUUUGGUUUAAGCUCUAUUUCACCUCAGGAUAAAGUUGGCUGAUAUUUGCUGUUGGCACAAAUGUGGGUGGUUGUGCCUACGAGCUGCAUAACAGAUGGGGAUUGAGGCCAGGCUGCAGUGCUGUGCGUGGCACCCGCUGGGUACAGACACACAGUAGGGCACACACACUACUGGGUGCUGGCAGCACGUGGAGAUUAUCUUCAGUGUAAAGUUCAGAGGUUGCUUGCUCUGCUUUUUUUUUAAUAUAGACAGAGUUAUUUACUCAAAAUCAUGCACUAUUUAGGACAAUAACAUACUUAGUUUUGAGUCUGAGCCUGCUUAGACUCAAGCAGAAAGUUUGAAAGCUACCAUUAAACUCUGCUGCUGCUUUUUAUCCUCAAACAUUUGGAAAUGGAGUAUUUCAUGAUGGAAGCGCAUGAAAUACACUGAGCAGAACUCUAAAUUAAUUUUUCAGACUUCAUUUAUGUAUCAUUAAUCAUCGUUUUAUAAUCACCAUUAAACAGAUCAUCUGCAUAUGUGCUUUCUCUUCAUUGCUUAACCAGCUGAGAACAGGCAACUGCACAGAGCCGUGUGUGGCUGCAGUUUCACAUGAGGCCUAUCUGGAAAUACAUUUAGCAUGACAAUAUUUCCAAUCAUUCAUAGGCUACGUAUCUUACCAUAAAAAUAAGGCCAUAAAAUAACAUUAAGAGUUUUAUUAAAAUAACGGACUGUAAAAGCUAUAUGAUGUAGCUCAUUUGUUGGCUGAAAUUUGAUUUAAACAUUCACAGUGUUUUCCAUCCUUUAGGAAAAUAUUUGGACUCCUUGUUUUGCAAACUGCCCAAGGAGAAAAACCACACCUCUAUGGAUGAGUUAAGGCUGUGAGUUGCAUAGGGUGAGGGCUGGGAGGCAGGGAAGGACAGCACAGCAAGGAGAAAGCCUUCCUAAGCCUUUUUUAAAGCUUCAACGAAAACUGAGACCAGUACAAGUAUUCCCAAAAGUUGUUUUUAUUAUGGAAUUAGUUUUUCUGCCA